UGUGAAAAACAGAGAUGCAAGUCGCUGCUGUCCUAGGAUGACAAAGUAGUAUACUACAAAGUACUAGGAUAUCUUUAUUAAGAAGGACCAAGGACAUAACUCUGUAUUUAAAAUAAACUUAACUGAAAGUGAGUGAUGCCUCCUCCUGAAACAAUGUACUGCGCCCAGCAGAUCAACAUCCCCCCAGAGCUGCCUAAUAUUCUAAAGCAGUUCACCAAAGCUGCAAUUAAAACACAGCCAUGUGAUGUGCUACAAUGGGCAGCAGACUAUUUUUCAGCUUUAUCAAAAGGUCAGGGCAUAUCAGUCAAGGAGAGACUGGAAAUGCCAGUGGCAACUCAGAAAACAGACACAGGACUGACACCAGGCCUUCUAAAGAUCCUUCAUCAACAGCUAGCACCUAACAAAGUCAUUACAAAAGAGGAGCUCAUUUGGAAGUGGAAAGAUCUGUGCUUGCCAAUUGAACAGCUUGACACAAUCCUCGCCCUUGGCAACUUCAGUGAAAAUAUCAAUUGGAUGCAGUUUUUUGCUUUAGGAUGCAGUGCGUUGGGUGGGGCCAUCAUGAGUGCUUUGCAACAUGCAUGUGAAAUUCUCACAGAGGACUCUGAGGGUGGUUCAGCCCAGAUUCCUUUCGACACAUUUCAGAGGCUGUACACAUACUUGGCACAUCUGGAUGGAGAAAUUCCUAAAGAACAGAUCGACAGCUUCUUGCACGGUUUAGAGGAAGAGUGCCAAGGAGGAAUGGUGCAACCUUCAGAUUUUACAAGCUUCCGAAGCGCUGAGUAGAAUCCAAUACAGUUGGUCCUCAGGUGGCAAUAUCUUACAUCACGCUCCAAAAAUAUGGAUCCUAGUUACUACAGUAUGUCCUGUUUGCACUCUUUAUUCUGUAUAUUGUGAGGUCAUUUGAAUAUUUAACCGAAAUAAAUCCUCAAAUCUCCAA